AUGACUUUUAAUCUCGCAAAAACAUGUGAAUUUUUGCUUCAUGAUGCUCCAAUCCCUCCAAAAAUCCCUCACAAACAAAUGCUGCCUGGGGUCAACCAUAUUUUAGCCUAUAAUUUUGCAAAUGCUUUGGAUAUAUGCAUUGAUUUUACAUCACCAUUAAAAGAAGCAAAGCCUCAAGGACUGAUUUUCCAUAGAAUGCUAUCCCAUACAUGCAAGCACUUGCUUCAUAAAUAUAAAAGAGAUGCAGAUAAAGCAUACCAAUAUAAAGUGAAAUCAAUAGAAGACUUUGACACAUAUAAAUCGCGAAAUGUUACUUAUGUUGAAUAUCCGCUAACUGAUGAUUUAAUUGCGAUGAGGAAAGAAAUAAAUCAUAGAACACCACUAAAAAUAAGAGAUUUAGAGCUAAAUAAAGCCUUAGAUGAGCUAUGUGAAGGUGCUUUAAGCUACAAUUCUUCAUACAGUACACAUACUUUUAAAGACCACUUUUUAUAUCUUCAUACAUAUUGAUUACGAUUAAUAGAAUUUAUGAAGGAAGAAAAAAAGAAAAGAGAAGAAAAAAUAGCCUUACUCCCCCCCCCCCUCCGUGAGCGAACAAAACCAUUAGAAAAAUCGCCAUUUUUUGACCAAAAACCCACCCUCCGUGAGUGAACAAAAAAUUGUUUUAAUAGAAAAAAUUUUAAUGGAAAAAAAUUUUGAUAUAUAAGUGAUAAUUAGUAUAAUGAAAUCUAGAGCUAAUUCUGUUUAAUUUUAAACAAAUUGCGUUUUAAAAACAUAAAUUUUGCAAAUUAAAUUAAUAUUUGCUUCCCAAUUUUUGCAAAUUAGGAUUUUUUUAAAUUUCGAAAAAAAAUAUUUUUUAUAAAAUUUAUAUAUAAAUUUUUUUUAAAAAAAAAAUUAACCCCCCUCCGUGAGCGAACAAAAUUUUUUUGUUCGCUCACGGAGGGGGGGGGGGAGUUAGAAGACAGUAAAACAAACUAA